AUGGCUUCACAAUCGAAUGAUCAUUUACCUGCUUUGAAAGAUUACAAUGCGAUCUUGGAAAAUACAUUGGCACCAUUUGCGACGGCUUCACGCAAACUUGGCGGCGAAUUGCCGGCUAUGAUCGAUCAUGUUACGCGUUUAUUCAGUGCUCAACAGCAAUUUCUGCGAAGUGCUUUGCAAAAUAAAAAGCCAACUAAUGAUCAACAGAUACAAGAAUUAAUUAAACCGCAAUCGACAGAAAUUGAAGCGAUUUGCGCAUAUACGAACAAGAAUCGCAAAUCUCCUUUUUUCAAUCAUCUCUCUGCCAUUUCGGAAGGUAUUCCGGCACUGGGGUGGAUCCUCGUUUCGCCUACGCCUGCUCCACAUAUCAAGGAAAUGUCUGACGCCGCACAAUUCUAUGCUAAUCGUGUUUUGAAAGAGUUCAAAGAAAAAGAUCCAACUCACGUUGAAUGGGUGAAAGACUGGAUGAAGGUUUUGAAUGAUUUGCAUGCAUACGUGAAACAACAUCAUACGACUGGUUUAACUUGGGGUGCUCAUGGCAGUCAACACGGUUCAAGCGCUGCGUCCGCACCCCCACCUCCCCCGCCUCCACCGACUUCUGAUUUGUUAUCAUCAACAACGCACGCUGAUGACGGUCAGUCACGAACAGAAUUAAUGAACUCAAUCAACGCAUUGGGCAUGGGUGUAACAGCGCAUUUGAAGAAAGUACCGGACGAACUUAAACUUCAUAAAAAUACUCAGCUGAGAGAGAAAUUAGUCGAUCAACCAGUCGAACGAUCGAACAAAUGUCAUGCAUCAAGUUCGAACACUUCGUCAUCAGCAGCAGCAACAUCAACUACAGGUUCACCUAAAUUAGCAUUAGAAGGUAACAAAUGGAUGGUAGAAUACUUUUCCAAUCGAGCUGAUCUCAAAAUUUCUGAAACAAAUAUGAAACAAACAGUUUACAUCUACAAAUGCGCCAACUGUACGAUUCAAAUUGAAGGAAAAGUCAAUUCCAUUGUUCUCGAUCAAUGCACGAAAGUUGGACUUCAAUUUACAUCAGUUGUCUCAUUAGUUGAAUUCAUCAACUGUCGUAGCAUGAAAAUCCAAGUCAUCGAUCGUGUACCGACGAUUCAAAUCGAGAAAACCGAUGGCUGCCAUGUAUAUCUAUCGAAAACAUCACUCGACACUGAAUUCAUCACAUCGAAAUCAUCCGAAAUGACAGUCAAUGUUCCAUUUGGUGAUGGUGAAUACAAAGAACAUCCAAUCCCCGAACAAUUCAAAACGCAUUUAAAAGCCGGCAAACAGUUGAUCACUGUUCCGAAUGAAUCUGCUGGUGUUUAA